AUGAGCAGUUUACCCCUUGAUAAUAAUGAUAUCGACCUACCGGAAUUAGAAGAAUUGGAAUUCGAUGAUGAUGAUAAUGACAACGAGGUGAUGAUUCCCUGCAGCACCCCGCUUCCUCCACAUCUUUCCAGCAUUGUCGUCCCCAGUUUCUACAAAUACCCCAAGAUAUACGUACCCCCAUUGAACUUCUCGGUGGUGGAAGACGGGAUAUAUCGCUCGGGUCAUCCAAUAAAGAUCAACUUUGAUUUCCUCGCCCGACUCAACCUCCAAACCAUCAUCUAUUUGGGAGACAAAGAAGACCAGUGUGAUUACUACCGUUGGUUGAAGAAUCAGAACAUCAAGUUCCACUAUAUCAAAACAGAGUCAUCUUCUGAGCCAUUUGUAAUGAACAACCCCGACAGUAUUGUCAAAGCUCUCAAUUUGAUUGUCGACAAGAAAAACUUCCCGAUCUUGGUCCAUUCAAACAAGGGCAAGCAUCGGGUUGGGGUACUCGUGGGGAUCAUGAGAAAAAUCCUCCAAGGCUGGAGUCUAAGUGGGAUUUUCGACGAGUAUGUCAAGUUUGCUGGGGGCAAAGGCGAAGCGGACUUAGAAUUUAUGGAACUCUUCAACCCCCAGUUACAGCUAAAUUUGCAACAUAAACCGGAAUUCGUGAGGAUUGAUUGA